AUGAUACCCGCUCCGCAGCCCGACGUCAAUCAGGCAUCGCCAGAAGCAGAAGCAGAAAUACGGAUCGAUUCUCUGAGGAAGAGGCACCGCAUGUCACCCACACAGCUUAUGCAUCUGGAAUCGCUCUAUCAAAAAGACACGCAUCCGUCAAGGCACAGGAAGAAUCAACUUGCAGGCGAGCUUGGCAUGGAUUACAAAAGCAUCACGAUCUGGUUCCAAAACAAGCGCCAAAUGGCAAAACGUAGUCAACCGAGCGCGCCUUGCUUACCGCUUCAGAUACGGAAUGUCGUUUCCCAAACCCUGGAUCACCAGCUUCCUGUGCAAUCUCUAUCAGUGCUCCGGUGUGUCUCUUCGCCAUCGGUAAACGAUACCCUACAACCUGUGAUUCCGCCGCCUGUUUGUUCUGAGAAGUCACGCAUAACACUAUCCCCGCAAGAACAAAAGAGCGAUGUCAAUCAUGAUCCACCGAAGAAAUCACUGCAGGUCAAACCUCUCCUCAACUCCUUAGAUCAAGCACAACCGACAGCAGGAAGUACAACCGGCGUCCAGGAACUGUGGCAACACCUUCCUUCAUCACCAACAGCUCCAAGUUCAGUGUCCGACAGAAGGAGUGAAGUUCGUAGCCCUGCCCGCGAUAAAAAGGACGUACGAUAUAGCAAGAGAGGCCUGACACUCGAAUGGGCUUGCGACAGACAGACGAAACGCAGACGGGCAGGAAGAGAUAAUGGUAGCGCCGCCGACGGCUUGAGCAGGUUCUGGCCGCCAUUUGGGUCAUCAAAUCCACGCACCACUUCAGCACUUUCGUUACUCUCAUUUGCCGCGGGAAAGGUCAGCACGUCUUUGUCCAUCAGUCCUACUCCUUCACAGGACGUGAUCCAUGGAGCUUCGCUCCUGUUGAGCUUCAAACAUUCUUUGAGAGGACGCGAUGCUGGGAAGAAAUAG